UAUACCUUAGUUUGUUGUUACCAACUGUUUCAGAAACUCUUUUUAUUUGUACUGGAAGUAUAGGACUGACAUUUUCAAAGAUGAGAGAGUGAAGCAUGCGCUCCAAGGGGGCGCGUAGUUGGCGAGAUGUCCUUUUCAACACCACUGGAGGUUCAAUGCCGUAAUGUUCAAUUCAGGUGUAGAUCUCACUUUUAAAAGCAGGGAGAAUGAUUCUGAACUUCUCAGCAACACCGUACACCCAUGCUACAACGCUGUUACGACGGGAAACCUCUCCAUCAUGCAGAACAAAUCGUGCGGGGAGCAAUUACUCGACUUUGACACGGUGGAGAAAAUAUUCAUUGGGACUAUGCUGGCUAUCAUCACAGCGGUCACAGUGAUGGGAAACACUCUGGUAGUUAUUGCAGUGUGCGUGGUUAAAAAACUGCGCCAGCCAUCAAACUAUCUGUUGGUAUCUCUGGCAGUAGCAGACCUCUCCGUGGCGCUUGUAGUUAUGCCAUUUGUUAUAGUAACAGACCUGACUGGAGGCAAAUGGCUUUUUGGCGAGGUGUUUUGCAACAUUUUUAUCGGAAUGGAUGUUAUGUGUUGUACAGCCUCUAUAAUGACUUUGUGUGUGAUCAGCGUGGAUAGGUAUCUGGGCAUCACCCGACCCUUGACCUACCCGGCCCGUCAGAACGGCCAGCUGAUGGCCAAGAUGAUCCUGGGCGUGUGGCUGGUGUCGGCGUCCAUCACGCUGCCGCCGUUCUGCGGCUGGGCCAAGAACGUGCACACGGGCGGCGUGUGCCUGAUCAGCCAGGACCUGGGCUACACCGUCUACUCCACGGCCGUGGCCUUCUACAUCCCCAUGCUGGUCAUGCUGGUCAUGUACUACAAAAUCUUCAAGGCGGCGCGCAAGAGCGGCGCCAAACACCGCUCCAUGCACUUCUCGGAGCGCCAUGGCGAUCAGCUGGCCACGGUGGCAGGCGCCGGUGAGGCGCUGAAGAUGCAGGGCCUGAAGGGGCCGGUGGCGUCCGGCAUGGCCGAGGAGUGCGUGGCGCUCUCACGGCUACUCAGCCGCGAGCGCCACAACAUCUCCAUCUUCAAGCGCGAGCAGAAGGCGGCCACCACACUGGGCGUGAUCGUGGGCGUCUUCAGCGUCUGCUGGCUGCCCUUCUUCAUACUGACCACCGUGCGUCCGUUCGUCUGCGGCGUGCAGUGCAGCUGCGUGCCCAUCUGGCUGGAGCGCACGCUCCUCUGGCUCGGCUACGCCAACUCGCUCAUGAACCCCUUCAUCUACGCCUUCUUCAACCGCGACCUGCGCUCCACCUACCGUGACCUGCUGCGCUGCCGCUACCGCAACAUCAACCGCCGCCUGUCCGCGGUGGGGGUGCACGAGGCACUAAAAGUGUAGAUGGCGCCAGGCCAGCAGAGACAGACAUGUUUUGGGAGGGGGGGGGGGGGCCCAGGGGUCAUCUUGCUGCUGUUGUUUUUUCAGAGUCAAGACUGAAGAGCAGUCAAUAAGAGGAGACUCUGGGGAUUGUGCAGCUGGGGAUGAAAAGGUAAAAGCGGCGCUGAUUUAUCGGAGGAGCGGGAGGCCGUGCGGACUCUUUGGGGAGAGAAAGAGAGCGAGAGAGAGAGCGACGCGCAGACAGAAUGAUCACCUCAGUGUCCCUGUGAGUCACCAGUUCUAUUUUUGGAGGCCAGCAACCAGAAGUUGUCUUUGAUGGGCUAUUGGAGAUGACAAGGCUGUGUGCCGUAUGCUCCACACAAACACAAAUGCACAGGCAAGUGCGGCCGCGCACACACACAUACGGGCGCGAGCAUGCAUGCACGUGAACGUACACACAAACAACAGCACAUACGCGCACACAAACACACACACACACACACACACACACACAGAUUGCCUUGGACUCUUAAGCAUAGAGCAAACAAUGUAAGUACAAAUAAGUAAGUACAGGUCAUUUGCCAAACUGUUGAAGGUCUUAGUUCACACCAAAACUUGCUGUGGGCAAAUCAUCCAAAAUGUGUUUAUCAAGAAGUGGCAGUUAAAUAUAUUGUUUUCGUAGUGUGUACAUAUAUUUUUCCAAAUUAAUGUGUAUGUUUGUAAAUGUAUUUACACCAUAUGCUGUAUACAAAUCUUGUGCCACUGAUGUAUGUAGCUUUUCAGUGUCAUUUCUGAAACAACACACAUUUCUGAAACAACAUCUAACAGCAUUUAUAUUAUAAUAUCAGCGACAUACUGUUGCAUCAUUGCUUUAUUUGCAUUUGUGUAGAUAAA